AAGAAUAAGAAUCAAGAAAGGCUGAUAACACGAAUGGUUUAUUUUGGUUCAAUUUCACUUCAACUAAUCCACCCAGUGUGAUACCAACUACACAUACACCUUGCUAUUCACUUCAACAACUAAUAAACUUUGCUAUUAAAACAAUGGAAACUAAUGAUGUUAAAACCCUUCAUCAAUGUGUUGUAUGUGAUGAGAUUUUUCAACAAUAUAAUGAUUUAGAAAGACACAAUAAAAUACACAUUAAAGCAAAGAAAACUGGUGAUUUAGAUGUAUUUUGUAAUGUUAAAUAUGAGAAAACUGAUGAUGUAGAUAAAUAUUGUCACGUUCAUUUUAAAGAAGAGAAAACUGAUGAUGUAGAUAAAAAUUGUCAUAUUAUAGAAGAGAAAACUGAUGAUAUAGAUAAAUAUUGUCAUGUUAAAGAAGAGAAAACUGAAGAUAUUGAAACUGUUUAUCAGUGUAAUUUGUGUGAUAACGAAUUUAGAUCAGAAACUGAUUUAGAAAAACACUGUGAAAUACACAUUAAAGAAGAGGAGUCUGUUUUACAACAUGGUAAACUUUGGGAGGCAAGAUUUAGUUCUAUAGAAAAAAAACAUUUUAAAUGUGAUGUUUGUAGUAAAUCAUUUUCUGAAUAUCGUUCUUUACAGAGACACAUGAGACGUCAUACUAGUGAAAAACCUUACAGUUGUGGUGUUUGUGGUAAAUCAUUUAUUGACACUAAUCAUCUACAAACACACAUGAGAACCCAUACCGGCGAGAAACCUUAUAAAUGUGAUCUUUGUAGUAAAUCAUUCUCUGAAUAUGGAACUUUACAGAGACACACAAGAAUUCAUACUGGUGAAAGACCUUACAGAUGUGAUGUUUGUAGUAAAUCAUUCACUGACUGUAGUCAUCUACAGACACACCUGAGAAGUCAUACCGGUGAGAAACCUUAUAAAUGUGGUGUUUGUAGUAAAUCAUUUACUGUUGGUAGUCAUCUGAAGAAACAUUUGAGAAUUCAUACUGGUGAAAAGCCUUUUAAUUGUGAUGUUUGUAGUAAAUCAUUCACUCAAAAUGAACAUCUAAGCAAGCACAUGAGGAUUCAUUCAGGAGUGAAACUGUUCAAAUGUGAUUUUUGUAGUAAAGCAUUCUCCGAAUCUUAUACGUUGCAAACACACAUGAGAAUUCAUACCGGUGAAAAGCCGUAUAAGUGUGAUAUUUGUAGUAAAUCAUUCACUCAAAAUAGUAGUCUACAGAGACACAUGAGAACACAUCCUAGAGGAAAAAACACAGGGCUCUAAUACAAAUACUUAUUUUCCUGCAGCAGAACAUUUAAAGGGAUUACCAGAAUAAAUUAUAAUUAUCACUUAAAUUGUGCGAGUAGAGAAUUAAUAAAAACAAAUUAUACAUAGACUUUUUUUAUUUUUCUUGCAUUCUUGUAGCAAUAUUGUGGCUGUAACAAUAUGGUGACCAUUACUAA